AUGACACAAGUCGCCGAGGCUGAAGUCGUGACGGGCAACGUGAAGGAUAUUGUGAAUCGGUUGUCGAGGGAUAUGACGAAUCGAGUGCCAUUCUCGGUUCAACACCAAAAUGAGCGACAGCCGAAGCAACCACAAUUGUACAUUGGAACAUUUGAAUACACUGCUCAACAGCCCGACGAGCUCACAUUCGCUGUUGGUGAUAUAAUAGAGUUCAUCGAAGAUGUCGAAGACGGUUGGAGCAAAGGAAAAUUGAAAUCAACUGGCCAAAUAGGAAUGUUUCCCACUAACUUUGUAGCACUUAAACCCCCACCCUCAAUUCAUUCUGUAUCAUCAUCGCGACCAAAACAAACCAAUGACGUAAUAAUGCGAACCGAGCCAAAAGCCAUCGAGCGCACCCCAUCGACUGUGAUAAACGAUUUGCCGACUACAAUCACAAAGACUACGACAUUCUCCGCAAAACCGGCAACGAGUACGACUAUUGAGCCUGAAGUGCCAAAGAUGAAAGAAAUGGCUCGAGUCAAGUUUUUGUAUGUUCCACAACAUACAGAUGAGCUUGCUCUUUCUGAGCUCGACACUCUCAUCACGAUUAUCAGUAAAGAAUGUGGUGACGCCGGAUGGUUCGAGGGCGAAAUUCACGGCAAGCGCGGACUAUUCCCCGACAAUUUCGUCGAGCUUGUCCAUGUGCCCGUUGCGACAGAAUCGGGCGCGAAGUUCUCGUCGUGCUUGGGUGCGAAUCGCCUCAAUUUUGUGGCGAACAAACCCCCACCGGCGAAUCCGCCGCAACCUGCUGUUCCGCCAAAGCCAGUGAAGCUCAAGAACGAUCCGAUAGCGGCGACAUCAUCAGCUGCACCGCCGACGUCAACGGCAACACCGUCUAAGAACAACUUCGCUGCACUUCGCGAGAAAAUGUCAUCAAAUUUGAAAGUGGUAGCUCCGGAACAGGUUGCCUCUGUUCAGCAGAAGUCGUCGGAACAGCGAAACUCGACGGGUAGUGAGCCGGUUGCAGAGACCGAUACAAAUGCUAGUGGCGAUCAAGUUCCAGAACUCAAUCACGUGACAAAGAGCAGAGCGCGUCCGCCGAAAAGUCGGCCAAUGAGCAUGGUGCUUAAUAGAAAUCGGUCGUCGGACGAAUCGCCUAUGGGUCGUCUCAACUCGCCGACAUCGACUCUAUCGGUUGCCGCGAACCCGUUGUCGACAUCAAUGUUCGUGACUUCGAAGGAAACGAGCAGUUUCAACGCAGUGCCAUCGCCAUUUAAGCAAGCGGCCGCCAUUUCUCCACCAUCGUCCGUCUCAAAACCGGCAUUGAAGCCAGUUUUGAGCAACAAUUUAACGGAAGGUGAAACUCGAAAAAAGACUCCUUCUCCAGAACCGAUCACAUUGAAGUCGGCGGAGGAGAUUCCGAUUGUAUCAAAACCACCAUCCGAAUUUGUGACGAGAGCCGAAUAUGAAGCGGUUUUGGAACGUCUAAAAUCGCUUGAGAAUCGGCUAGCAGCUAUCGAAAGACAUCAAAAAUUGUAA